AUGGGGAACAGGGCAAGCGACAUUCAAAUAUCAAGUGACUACGAUAUGAGUCUCAUUGGAGUCUUACAUGACGAGAAAAGAACGAUCGAAUUGUUCAUUGAAAAACAUCAGAGGAAUUUGGGCAAAUCAUUGAAUCACGACGGAAUGUACUCCCGCAUGUUGGAGGACCUUGAAGUUGAUUCCGUCGGAUUUUUAUCACCUCAACAUGAUGAAGGUUGGACACAAUCACAAUACAUGAGUGGUCCUUCGUUUGUGGGCACUUCAAAUGCUUUCGAUACCAACACCGGAGUUGAAGAAGAUAAUGCAAGUGUCGAAUCCGAGAAUGAUGAUGAAGAGGACGACUUACAAAUUAAUAGCAUGACGUAUAUAGAUCGUGAUGAAGGGGACAACCAACACAUUGACGGAUGUUAUACUAAUAAUGAGUAUGUCGUCUUAGAGGAUCCGCCGCCCGAUGAACUUCAAGGAGAAGAUUGGAUUGAUAACUCCAUGAUGGAAAGUGUUCCUAUUGGUACUAAUAGCGGUGAUAAUACACAGGGUGAUGACUUCUCAUUCAAGAAAGGGGAUCUUUAUGAAAGUAAGGAGAAAUUGAUCCAUGCACUUCGCUCGUAUGCCAUUGUAAAAAAUAUCAAGUUUAGGCCAACAAAAAAUAACACAACAAGCUACAAUGCGGUUUGUUUUUCUCACAACGAUGGUGAAGACGAAGAUCUUGGUGGACACCACGACGGGAAUGCGAAUUGUCCUUGGAAGCUUAAUUCACGUUCGGGUGUAAGAGUAGGUGGGCAAUUCAAAAUCACGACGUACAACGGACUCCACACAUGUAGCAAUCCUCGAUUGGAGAUGAAUAACAAGCAUGCGUCCUCUUCUUAUAUAUACCGAUUGAUUUUACCGCAUCUAAGGGAGGAUCUUGAGCUACGGUCGAAAGAUAUCCGUCUUUUAGUGCAUAAAGCGACCAACUUGGAUGUAUCAUACAAUAAAUGUUGGAACGAUAGGAGGAAGGCGAUGAUAAAAAUAUUCGGGGAUUGGGACAAAUCUUAUGAGAUCUUACCUCAUUAUCUUGAAGCACUCAAAAGUGAAAAUCCUGGGACUGUAUAUGAAGUUUCGUCAGACCCUCUUGAUGGCGAAGAACGACGAUUCACAGGUGUGUUUUGGGCAUUUGGCCCAAGUAUUGCGGGUUUCCAAUAUUAUCGUCCUCUUCUUAGCAUUGAUGACACCCACUUAUACGACAAGUACAAAGGUGUUUUGCUUGUUACCACCGGAGUUGACGCGAAUGGCGGUUUGUUUCCUUUGGCGUUUGCAGUGGUUGAUAUUAAAAACACAGAGAAUUGGAUGUGGUUUUUUGCAUGCAUUAGAUAUUAUAUCACUAGUGUGGGGGCGCGACCGAUUACAUUCAUAUCUGAUAGGAUGAAAGGAAUUCCAAGAGCACUCCAACAACAUUUCCCGUCAUCACAUGCACAUCGUUAUUGUUUGCGACAUAUUAAGGACAACUUCAAGAAGAAGUAUGGAAACGGUCAGGUUCAAGAUCUUCUUUGGCAAGCCGGGACAUAUUAA